CAGUGCAGACAUCCGGUUCUUCUCCACUCGUUUCCCGGGUUGCAAGUUUGGAUCGGAGCGAUUGCAGAAGGCGUGUGCAUGUUGUGAGACGUUUUUCGGGGCAGAAGCUAAGCUUUUGCCUGCAAAUUCUGAAAAUGCUGUAUUCCGACUUAUGACUAAGUCUUGAUCCUUUCUGGCGAUCAUUGUUUACAAAGGAUAAAUUGUCCUUCACUGCGGCACACGCACACCCUCCAUAAACUCUAGGCGUGAAUCGAUAAGGUUGUUUUCAAGAAGGUUUCUGCUGGCUAUCUUUUCACUGCGAAGAUGGCUGAUUUGCGAGAACAACUUCAGAAAGAAGGAUGGCAUUUUUCUGAUGAAGGCCUAAAGCAGCUAACUGAUGACGGUAAAAUAACCAACACCAAGAUCAUCUUAAAAAAGGCUCUCGAUAUUGAUCUUCGAGAAGUAGCAGCACCUGGAUUUCCUGAAGAAGUGGGUCGCUGCAAAGUCGAAGGGGUUCCCGGUGGUCUAGUUGUGCAGCUUCAAAAGGUACGAAACGUAUCGGCACCCAAAGCCAAUGAAGAGUCUCAAGCUGCACCCCGAAUGCUGAAAGUGACCCUCACCGAUGGCCAUUCAACAUGCCAUGCAGUGGAGAUAGAGCGAAUACCAGCACUGACAUUGAACACUCCCCCUGGCACAAAGAUCUUACUUAAGUCUUCACCUGGUGAAGAAAAUAUUCCUGUUUGCAGCAAUUUUCUUCUCAUCAAUGGCAGUAGAGCUGAGAUCUUAGGAGGAAGAGUAUCUCACAUGAUCGAGAAAUGGGAAUUGAAUCGGUCUCUUGCCAAGCAUAAAAGAUCUUGGGGUGAAGAUGGCGGUCCACCUGCUUGGAUUCCAUUUGGUCAAAAAAUAGUAAGAUCUAAUCCAGCUGACAAAAAUUUCAAAUCACUUCAGGAGAAGGAUAAACAAGCGGUUGAAGCUCUCAACCCAGAAUUUGAAGCCCAGCGAAAAGAUGCCAUUGCUGAAGCGGGGAAGGCUGUUGCUAAGAAAGUUUUUGGAGGUGGCAAUAGGCAGCUGUUGGACCACAAUGUCCAACAAAUUGUUGAAUUUGGUUUCACUAUUGAACAAGCUGACCAUGCCCUUAAAAUGAAUCGUAACAAUGUGGACAGAGCCUUAAAAUCACUACAGCGUCAAACUGAAGGUCCCAAACCUGUUGAUAGAAAGUCUGAUAAGGAUUCAGACAGCCGAAAUAACCGAGAAAACCCGCGGGAGGGCGGUCGUGAAUCCACCCGAGGACCAGGGCUGGGCAAGGGGAGCAGCCGUGAGGGAGGCAAAAGCCGUGGACACGACGAUGAAGUUGGUUCAUCGUCACAAACAAAACCAUCUGGCCGACUGUCCCUAUUCGAUUUCCUGGAAGACAAGCUUCCCCUUGAAGAGAGGGAGAAGCUUCAAGCCUCAUCCAGAGGAACUUCAGACAGGGGCAGAGGAGGGGGCCGCGGUGGCUACGCCAAUGGUCGUGACGGACGAGGCUCCCAGUUCCAGGACAGGGACAGGGAGCCGAGGGGAGGCCUGGAGCGCGGUGGCAGGGGUGGAGGAAGGGGGAGAGGGGCAGCUGGACCAGGAGGAAGACCAGACAGAGCCAGAGACCCGCGAGACGAGAGCCGAUUCAAGGAAAGGAAGGAUAAUCCCCGUGGAAGAGACCAACCAGAAAUCAAAGGCAAGAGAGAGGCACCAGCUAAUAGCAGGGCACCCAGUAAAGCGAAAGGACCUCCAGAUUUCAAGGCACCACGGUUCCAAAACCCAAAGACGCCCUUGCAACAUGAGAGCACUAGGUAUCUUGGACAUACACCAUCUAAUGCUGUUUCGACAAACUCGAGCCUUGGUCAUGAGUCUUCAGAAUGGGGAGCCUCUCUUGCCCGGAAAGUUGACAUGAUGUCAUUGAUAGACUGUGACAAUACCCCAGAUGAUGAUCCAACAUACAGUAAUGGAUCUUGGGCCAACAACCAAAGAAGUUCUCAGCCACAUCUCCGGCAAAAUGACAAUGGAAGGAAUCUAAAUCAAGGUCCUCACAAUCCCAAGCCUAACCAUUCUAAUUACAAACAAAAUAAUGAUUACAGGAAUAACUCAUAUGAUAAUGAUGUUUAUGGCUCUAAAGGCUCCAUGGGUCCUCCAGGAAUGUCUAGAAAUGCUUUCAACAAUCAAUCUUUCCCUAAAAUACCUGAUUUCCCAUUCAAGGAUAACAUGAACCUUUCUAAUCCUCUUAUAAAUGGGGGAUAUUCAAGUAAUAACACAAAUGGUGUGAACAACUCAAGCAACACAAGAAAUUCAGGCAGCUCAAGGAAUUCUGAGAAUGGCAGGAAUAUGCCUGGUGCCCCUUGUGAUGUUGAUGGACCCGGAGUGUUCUGGUCCUGGAGCUUGGGAGAUGCUUGUUUAGCGAGAUACUGGGAGGAUGAAAGGUAUUAUGAUGCUGUAGUAACGGGCAUUGCAGCUCGCACUCUAGUUGUCAGAUUCACUGAAUAUGGUAACCAUGAAGAAGUUUUGAAACAAGACACUGUACCGGUGACAAAAGCACCCUUCUCAGAGCCUUUGAAAAAUGCUCUCAAUAAUGGAUGCUCCCCUAGCUCCUUGCCGGCUGAAAUUUACUUCAACUUGGGUGAUGCUCACUGUAUGAGCCCGGGAACUCCAUCCAAAUCCAUCAAGUCCUCAGGCCCCCCGAACCCUCACAAUCCAUAUGACUCUAAUGGUAUGCCUUUCUCAGGGAGUGUCGAAUUCAGAAGGGGUGGUACUCGUGCUUACGUGAAGCCAUCGCCUUCACCCAAUGUGGCGAUGGAGAGCCAGAUGCAGGCCCAGGCACAGAGUCGUCGCCCGGCCCGCGCACCGCAGUCCAUGUACGUCCCCCCCGCUCAGCGCAAGUGACAGGACGCUCCCGCGGACGAGGACUCGACGACCCCGU